AUGACAACGCCCCUGCGUUACCUGGUGAUGACGCAAACAGGUGGCAAAGCAAACAUCAAACCAGCAGAACCUGCAAGAAUGAACAGUUUGUUUGCCAGUGUUCAGGUGAAGCACCUGCAGCGAGCACUGAGACACACUGAGGCGCAAAUGGCCGACAUGUGCCAGCUGCUGGCUUCUUACGCCAGACAGAGCGCCAAGCUUCGAGACCAGGCUGACAUGCUGGUGGCUCGGCUCUUCGACUUCUCAGACUCGGAGGAUGCCGAGAUCCAGGUCGGCCUGAGAAGGCUCGCCCAAGACCUCGCCUUGGUGCAGGACUACAGGCACGCUCAGGUACAAAGACUGGAGACGCAAGUUGUUGCUCCUCUAAAAGCAUAUGGCGGCAUCAUUGCAAAUACGAAGGCCAGCAUGAAGACGUUCAGUGCCGAUCUUCACGGUGAGCUGAAGGAGUUACAGAAAGUGGAGAAUAUUCGCCUGAAGAAUCUGUCGGCCAGACAGACCAACGCAGAAGUGAAUUCGAGGAAAGCCUCCAGCAAUGCGCAGCACAGCAUGAUGAAGAUGGAGGAAAGCAUCACUGCCUUCCACCACCAGAAACGAAAGGAUUUUAAAAGGAUUUUCAUGGACUUCAUCAAAGUGGAGAUGAUUUUUCAUGCUAAAGCACUGGAGGUGUAUUCACACGCGUUCCAACACCUGCUGGCCACAAAGACUGGAAUGCACAACCAGGAGGAUCCUCUGCGCCAAGAAAGGAACGUGGGCAAGAAAGUGAGUGAAGCUCGAGAGACCUUCCGCCUGGUUGAGGAGGAAAAGAGAAGAUCUGGCAAAGCAAAGCGGCCCGGUUCUCAACAUCUCGGCUAGGGCGCCCAAAUAUGGGUGUCUGAAGGUCCACACCCGAUGAUGAUGAUGUCCAAGCUGCAAAUGGUGUUUUCCUUUAGACAUGUUUAAUAAUCGAUCAUAUCUUUCACAUUUCAAUAUUUUUUAACUUGCAAGGAUGACACGUUUUGUUUCAAGUCUAAAAAGUACUUUGGUAAUUUCUGCACAGUCUUUGAAGUGAACACGCAAACGUUUUUAAAAACAAAUAAAUUAUACUUACAAUUAGAAGUGUCCCGAUCCAAUAUUGAUUUAGGUCAGUGAUUCUCAC